AUGAACGCCGGGCAGAACAUGCAAGUGCACCCGACCGAUUUCGCCGAACCUCCGCAUAAUUUUAUCAAAAGCAUGCUCGCGAAAGAGAUCGUAGAGCAGAGCUUGGCGGAUGAAUUUUUCGACGGCAACGUUUCCUUGGUGGAGAGAAAAUGGGAAGGAUUGACGGACCAUCAGCUGGAAAAAUUUUUCAUCGACAGAUUUGGGGCGGGGCCGACGAGAGCGGAAAGAGAGUACUCUUUUGUGGUAUACGGAGCGAGUGGAUACACGGGAUCGUUAGUCAUCGAGUAUAUUUUGAAAACUGUGCAGAAUUUGGGAACGAAGUACACGUUUGCUUUAGCCGGGAGAUCAAUCGAGAAGUUAAAAAAUCGUUACGCAGAGGUCAAGGCGAAGUUUCCAACAAAUUACGAGCCGGGGUACAUCCAGUGCGAUUUAAGCGAUCCAGUGGCGGUAAGAGGAAUGGUCAUCCAGUGUAGAACGGUGGUGAAUAUUGCAGGUCCAUUCAUGUUGACGCCCGCGGAUUUACUGGUUGAAGCGUGCAUUGAAUACGAUACAGAUUACAUCGACGUUAAUGGUGAGAUUCCAUUCAGUGCCAAGCUCAUCGAAUAUCACGAUUGGGCGAGAAACAACGACGUGUUGAUCGUACCAAACUGCGCCGGCGCGGGUGGCGUUCCAGACGUAGGCGCGUUUUACACGUUUCGAAAGCUCCAAGAGCGGAUCGCGAAAUCGCGUUUGGAUGAUCCUAUGGAAAACGGCACCGUUUCAGACGACAAAGAGAACGCCACCGACAACAUCGACAAAUCGAGCGAACCGAUUGAUUCGGAGAAAGUUGACUGCGGCAUUGAUACUAUGCACAUGUAUCUUUGCGGCUCGGGCGGCGGCGUUCCUUCAGGAGGUACUUUAGCCACCCGAGCGGCGAUGAACGCUGCCAUGCGCGAUGUUCAUUCGCUCAUGAUGGACCCGUACGCUUUGGGAGGCGCGAUUAAACGCGGUCAAAGACCGGAAGACGCAGAUAAAAAUCUCUCGGUUGUUGAGUAUGAUGAUGGAUACAAAGGUUGGAAAGCGCCCUUCACGUACGCGUUUUACGAGACUCGACUCGUUCGCCGUUCGAAUUGGCUGAGCAGAAACAUGGGUGGCGUUCCGUACGGGAAGAACAUGAACUAUCUCGAACAUUUGUUACUCCCGAGCGAAGAGCACGCGCGAGCUUUGCAACAAUCGAACACCUCUUCCAAAAAGGAGGAAGAAAAGCUCAAAGCGGAAGGAAAGCUCUUUGCAAAAGAUGAAGGUUUAGCGCUUGAAGAUCGCGAAAAAGAGUGGGCCGAGUACUGGUUCGAUGCCGUUUCCGAACGCGGCGAGAAAAUUCGCACGCGCUUAUCCGGUAAAGACGGUUACGACGAAACCGCGCACUUAUCCGUGGAGUUGGCUUUGUUAACGAGCGAACGCCGAGACGAGUUGCCGCACAAAGGCGGCGUCUUGACGCCCGGCAUCGCCGGCGGUCAACUCUUCGUCGAAGCGCUCAACGAAACCGGCUUGAAGUUCGAAGUCAUGGACGAUGACGCGUUGCCGGAUUUAUCGAGGAUUUCUCCUAUUCAUUGA